AUGUGCACUCCAUGCCUACCAGGAAGGUUUUGCGAUCAACCAGGGCUGAUAGAACCAAACGGAGUUUGCUCUGCUGGUUAUUACUGUCCCGUGGGAUCUUCGUCGGCUACACCUUUGAACUUUUCUUGCCUUGAGGGUGGAUACUGCCCCGAGGGUGUAGCUUACCCUAUUGCGUGCCCGCCUGGUACUUACAAUCCUGCCAUUUCGUCGAAACGGCUUCUUGAUUGUCUCUCUUGUCCGCCUGGUAUGUACUGUGACGGUGAGAGAAACGAGCAGCCCGACGGCUAUUGCAAGGCUGGCUUUUUCUGUACUGAAGGAUCUAGCACUCCUGUACCAUUUGAAUCUAGCUCUGGAGAUAUUUGUCCGAUGGGACACUUUUGCCCUGAAGGAUCGCACGUACCCUUACCCUGCGCGCCUGGUUCUUUUGCUGCUCGGGUAGGGCAGGAACAGUGUACCCCAUGUCCAGCGGGAUAUGUUUGUGCAGGGUAUCAGCAAGUUUCCCCACGAUCGUGUCCUGUUGCACAUUACUGUACAGCAAAUUCAUCAACACCUGUACCGUGUCCAGCUGGAUCUUACAGCAACAGAACUGAGUUGACAUCUGAAUCCGAGUGUUCAUUAUGCCCACCAGGA